CCAAUAUCCAAGACGAAGACAACAAAAUACAGUGUCCUGGCGUGGACUGUCGGAAUGUUAUAAGAAGGGAAAAACGAGAAGUUGAGCUACAUCUAUUACGACGAGGAAUGUCACGUGAUUACACUAAAUGGAUUUACCAUGGUGAGAAAUCAGACGAUGAUUAUUCUGAAGAGGAGGAUGCAGAGGAUGCUGUAGACGAUGGUAAUGAGAUGGAUGUAGAUGACAUACCGGGGUUACUGAAUUAUUUGAGACCGCAUUUGGAUCCUGACCCUGAGAAUCCCAAUGCAGAGGCGGAGCGGUUUUUCAAACUGGUCAGAGAUUCUCAGACGCCAUUGUAUGAAGGUUGUGAUGAAAAGAUAUCCAGUCUGUCAUGCCUGGUGAAGAUGAUGCAUUUGAAGUGGUUCAAUUCUUGGAGUAAUACCUCUUUUACUCAAUUAUUGAAGUUUCUUCGAUCUACUUUCCCUAUGGCACAGACUACAAUGCCGAAGAAUUACUAUCAAGCAAAAAAGAUGUUGAGUGGCCUUGGGCUAAAUUAUGAAGAAAUAGAUGCUUGUGAAAAUGGCUGUGUCAUUUACUACGGGGAGCUCAAAGGAGCAACUACAUGCCCUUCUUGCCAGAAACCAAGGUUCAAGAAAAUCAGGAAGGAUAGUAGGGGAAGAGUCACCAAGGUGCCCUACAAGAUACUAAGAUAUUUUCCCAUAAAGUCAAGAUUACAACGCUUAUUCAUGUCGCGAAAAACUGCGGAGGAUAUGGUGUGGCAUAGCGAACAACGUGUCAGAGAUGGCAAAUUAAGGCACCCUGCUGACGGUGAAGCUUGGUGAGUUUUGGACCAGUAUGAUGCAUCUUUUGGUAACGUCUGAUUGGGAUUUAGCAACGGAUGGCUUCAAUCCAUUUGGCAACAUGAAUAACAAGCAUAGUACUUGACCGGUAAUUCUGUUCCCGUAUAAUCUCCCACUGUGGUUAUGCAUGAAGAGUCCAUAUCUAUUAUUGACAUUACUCAUUCCUUGUCCGAAAAGUCCAGGAAACAAUAUUGAUGUCUACCUGCGACCACUCAUUGAUGAUCUGAAGUCAUUGUGGAGUGAGGGAAUAAAAGACGUGCACCAGAGCGAUUAUCAUCCGAAGAGGUAAAAAAUCAACUUCUCUCUUUACAAACUAUUUACCUUUCGGCGGUAAGGAAAAGGGUUAAUAUUUUCGUAUGGCCUGAACUUUGACCAAAAUAAACAUCCUGACCAAUCUUUUCGAUCUACAACAUCCUGGCCCGAACGAUACACCAAAAUAAACAAUUUGGCCAGAUCCGACUUUUGACCGUUAACUUGGACGGUCAAACGUGUUGACCGUUAGUCAACGCGCCAUGUCACUGCCAAGUCAGCAUAAAAUAUUUAAAAUAAU